AUUGUUUCUUUCUUGCAGGUAUUGUGAACAUUCCAAAGCAGUCCAUGCUGCCAAUCAGCAGACUUAGCCCAGCAAUGGAGGAACAGAAGAGGGCCUCUUUAGAAACGUACCUUAAGCAACUGCUGAGUCGUCCAGUCAUUCAUAACAGCAGAGAGAUGGCCGAGUUUCUAGCGAUCGAUGGCGAUGGCCAUAUAGAGUUUGUCAAGAAAGCUACCAUUGGACCCCUAAGGAUUGAUAAACUUCUGAUACAUCAGGUAUCGGGCAUCGUCGGUACCAUCAAGACCAUCCUUCCAGAACGACCGGCCAUGAUGCGGCCCUCCUCCUCCUCAAGGCAAACCCCUUCCUCCGCCGCUACGGCCUCUGCCCCUUCGGACCAGCCUAGUCAAACGAUGCAGUCACAUGACCAGAACCGACCAAUGGCAGAGGAGAUUGGUCAGGUCGUAGCCAGACAGCAGCCUGUAGGUGGAGAGGACCAAUGGGACCUGGGUGAUAAGUCAAGGAUUAGACUGUUUGGCUUGGAUGAAAUGAAAGAGUCCCACAUGCAGCGGGUCAUGAAGCUCCUUGUUGGUCAGAAGCACGAGCAGUUCACCCUACGCUCUCCCUCGCCCCCUCCGCCAGGGGACUACGACAAGGUGUUCCUUGGACCCCGGUCCGAGGGCGAUGGGUCAGACGCCCCCAGCGAACCUCACAGAGAGGGGGUGAUAGAGGUCAAGCCGGGUCAGGUGGGGUCAAAGGACAAUGUAGACGUCUAUAAAGCCCUAUUUGGAGUGAUGAGCGAGGCUCUGCUCAAUCAGCAGAGUUUUGUGCUGGAUGAGAGCCUGCAGGGCACACUGACCAUUCUUAUUGGAGACCUCGUAGAUAAAUGGCUUUUCCGUGAGGUUGGGCUGCUCUUCGACGAGGCUCAAUGGGGCUACUACCUAUCUCUCCUGCGUGAGCUCCUAUGGCCUGGGGGUGUUUGGUGCCCCAAGGAACGAGAAACCAAGACCCCAGAUGAGAUGGCCAAAACCAAGGAGGAUGCGCUGCAUGAGCUCACCCACAAUGCUGCUGCAGCUGUUCUGAGUGUUAUUCUGGGAGAAGAUCAUCUUCGUGAAGGGAUCUCAUUGGUCCUAGACUCCUUGCAGGACCAAGCGCUCAACAAGCAUUUAUUGUUUACCUUCUUAGACCAUGCCAUGGAUCAGCUAGUAACAGAGAUACACGAUGCAAAGUUCCAAGACCUCCUAGCUGCUAUGCCUUGAUCACCAUCUGCGUAACUAUCAAUUGUUUUCUU